UACGGGUCAGAUAGAAGACCAUCGGUUUUGAUCUGGUCGGCUUCAGUGGGUUUAUUUCUACGCCUCUGAGGACCGCACACCCGGAAUAAGGUGAGAUCUGUGGAGGGACUCAGACAGACUGAACGCUCCUCGGCGGCUUCAUCUGCGCCUUUUAUCCGCAGAGAAUCAGGAUGGUGUUAAUAAUUAGACGCUAAAAACGGCAUCAUGUGUUGAGCCCUUAAAAAAAAAAAAAAUAAAAGGGUGUUUCCAGAGGAGCGAGGCUGCCACACACAGAACAGCUGUAGAUGUGAUUCCUUCUCGCUGCGGCGUUGAAGAAAAGAGAAAACCAUCCAGAUGAUGUCAGGAAAGCAUUUCAAGGCUCAUGAAGUGAGCUGCUGCAUCAAGUAUUUCAUCUUCGGAUUCAACAUUAUAUUCUGGUUCCUUGGAGUGGCCUUCCUUGCCAUUGGUUUGUGGGCAUGGAGUGAAAAGGGUGUUCUCUCUAACAUCUCGUCCAUCACUGACCUGGGGGGCUUUGACCCUGUCUGGCUAUUCCUUGUGGUGGGUGGUGUGAUGUUCAUCCUUGGGUUUGCUGGUUGCAUCGGAGCACUCCGGGAAAACUCUUUCCUGCUCAAGUUUUUCUCCGUGUUCCUGGGUAUCAUCUUCUUUCUUGAGCUGACUGCUGGCGUCCUAGCCUUUGUCUUCAAAGACUGGAUCAAGGACCAGCUCAAUUUUUUCAUUAACAACAACAUUCGGGCCUAUAGAGAUGACAUUGAUCUGCAGAACCUGAUCGACUUCACCCAGGAAUAUUGGGAGUGCUGUGGAGCUUUUGGAGCUGACGACUGGAAUUUGAACAUCUACUUCAACUGUACUGAUUCAAAUCCGAGUCGUGAGAAAUGUGGAGUGCCCUUUUCCUGCUGCACCAAAGAUCCAGCGGAGGAUGUCAUUAACACUCAGUGUGGAUACGACAUCCGAGCAAAAGCGGACUCCGAGCAGAGGACAUUCAUCUAUAUCAAAGGCUGCGUACCACAGUUUGAGAAGUGGCUUCAAGAUAACCUGACAGUGGUGGCAGGCAUAUUUAUUGGGAUUGCAUUAUUGCAGAUUUUUGGCAUCUGUUUAGCGCAGAAUCUUGUGAGUGACAUCGAGGCCGUGAGAGAGAGCUGUUUGUUUACCUAAGACCUCCAGAGAGUUUUCAAAGGCAACUGGGACUUUGAGGCUCGGACGCCAACAAUGAAGGGAGAUACUUUAUUCAGCUAAUAUGUCCAGUAUGAACAGUCUCAUUCAUAUGUAAAUAGGAAAAUUUGAAUUAUUUUUAGAGUUUCUGUAUUUUAAAUGAAGCACCACCUCUUAAAUGUACCAUUACACAGACAAAACCAAUGCAAAUUCAUUGCAGUACAAGCUACAGUUACAGUAAAGGCUGUGUCGAGGAAACGAGAAACGAAAUAUCUUUUGUGCAGAUGACAAAUGGAAGGGGAGUUUCUCUGAGGUAAUGCUUCGUUUAGAAUGAGGUCGGUGGUUUUAUAUGUCUCACAGCUGCAGAUUUUAACAGCUGCAUGUAAGGGUUGUGUACAAAGAUAAAAGUGAUUCUGGAAAUGCACUGCAUGCCUUUUGUCUCCUGACAGGACAUCGGCUUCUAACCGUGUUAAGUAUUUUAAAGUAUUUGUAAAAUAGUCUGUAAUUUCGAGUGAGCCGGCUGGUUAGCACUUUGUUGAAUGUUCAGUGGAGUCUACUUAAGAGAACCAACUUAGGAUCUGUGACCACACUGUUACAGGUUACAGUCUGACUUGUGGGGCUAUAGUGACAUGUUGUAUCAUGAUGAGACGUGAUGGAUGUGAUAGGCUUUGUAAACUUGUAAUAAAUAAUGCGAGAACCCCAACAAUGUGGCAUCUAAUCAAAACUCAGCCUUAAGCACUUUAAUCUUCAUAGAGGAGUGAUAAUGAAGCUCACUGCAGCUGUUCAGCUUCUGUCAUGACAGACUGUUAUUCUGGUCAAGCCGCAGCCACUGGACGGGGCGCUUUCCAUAAAAAUGCUUCUAUAACUCCAUGGGGCUUCAUAAUUGUCAGCUUGAAAUUUUUUUGUUUUGGCAACUUUUUUAGGGUAGUUACCUUCCUUGCACAUAAUCCUUCUGUCCGUUAGUGUUCAUUCAUUCAUUUUCCUUUAUUUUCAGUUGUUUCCAGUGUGUUGAAAUAACUCGAACACUGACAAACGGACAUUUUCACUGGAAAUUAGGCAUAGCCUUUUUUAAGGGCCGUAACAAAACUGCUUGGUGGCACUUAACUGAAUGUAGAAAUGAUUUUUGAUCUACAUGGAUACAGUACUUGAAAGCUCACAGGCUCUGUCAUCAGCAUUUUUUCAAAUUCAAACAGUGAUAUUAAACAAUAACAUGAGGUUUUCUGUUAACACGUGAAGGAAAUGUGAACCUGUGAAACUUUCCUUUACUGCCAAAUCCUCUGCAUUGACCACAAAAUUAUAUUAUUCAAUGUAUUUCUGGUGUCUAACCAAAUGUAUAAUCUUCUACAGAGAAAUGUUAAAAUGCCAAAAUGGUGUUUACUUACCACUUAGUGCCAUAUUUGCGAUUUCUACAUACUCCUGAUUAUAACCAUACUUUAGUUCAUGUGUGCUCCUAAUUCUUGUAAAUAAUUGUGUUGAGAUGUAAAUACACCUGAAUAAAUGUUGUUCUUUCUAUGCUUUUG